AUGGGGCAUAUUGAAAAGAGAUGUCCUUAUCCAAAUAUACAAUAUCUAGUCAAGGCGGGUGUGCACAAGCGCUUGCUGAUAGAUUCUAUGAGAUCUCCAAUUGAUAUCACUGGGGAGCAUACCUUCCAGCCUCCAGAUUUUGAGAAAGGUGAUCAGCGUGGACCUUGUCCUGGCCUGAACGCUUUGGCGAACCAUGCAUAUAUCCCUCGCAGCGGUGUCGUGUCUUUCACCGACGUAAUUGCUGCCAUCAAUGAAGUAUACGGGAUGGGAGUCGAUCUUGCGACGAUCCUCGGCGCGAUGGGUACAGUUUGGACAGGGAAUCCACUGUCUUUAGAUCCCAGCUUUUCCAUUGGAGGAAGGGAUACAGGCGUGAGCAAUCUUCUAGGGAACCUUGGGGGUCUCCUUGGCGAGCCACAAGGCCUCAUUGGCUCCCACAAUUUCAUUGAAUCUGAUUCUUCCAAUACGCGCGAUGACCUCUAUACAACCGGCAACAACCACGCUCUCAACAUGAGCAAGUUCAUGGAAUGGUACGACAUGUCCAUGGACGGCACAUUCAGCAUGGACCUGAUGGCAAAACGAGCGAAGAUUCGUAUGGAUCAAACCAAGCAGACCAAUCCAGAUUUCUACUACGGGCCAGUGACUGGGUUGAUUGCGCGCAACGCCGGUUAUCUAUUUCCGGCAAGACUUUUUCGAAAUUAUUCACGAGUUAAUCCAGAGGGCAUUUUGACCAAGGAAAUAGUUCGUAAUUUCUUUGCUAUCUACGGCGAAGAGGGCAACUUUACCUAUCGGGAAGGGUGGGAAAGAAUCCCUGAGAACUGGUACAAGACUCCAGUAGACUAUGGUUUGGUGCAACUCAACCUUGACACACUCGACUGGCUCCUGAAGUAUCCCGAGCUCGGAAGUAUAGGAGGAAACACUGGAGCCGUUAAUAGUUUCACAGGAAUCGAUUUAUCUGAUGCGACAGGUGGCGCCUUCAACCUAACCACCCUCUUGGAGGAAAACAACCUCCUCUGCUUUGCGUUUGAAGCCCUGAAAUUCCUCAGCCCUAACGCGCUCGCAGGGCUGUACAAGGCUUUGUCUAUACCAUUGGAUAUGAUCAAUGAUGCAAUAUCCACACCAUUGUUGAACUUCUCAUGUCCCGCAUUCAAAGAUAUGCAGAUUGGUGGAAAGCCAUUCUGGGAAGCUAUCCAGAAUGACUUUCCUGGGGCUGCGAAAAGUGGUGGCGCAUUUUGA